GGGCUUAUUUACCAAUCCGCCCACUCCCAAUCUAAACGUUUGUUUACCUGUCUUCUUGAGAUGCUUCAUGAAGCACCUCCAGAAGGCACGCACGUUGAUCUUGAGUCUCUGUUAGAAUAAACCACGUGCGAAACAUUUACCGCUCUCUGAGUCAUACCUAGCCCGAGGCGGCCAUUCCAAGAAGAACAAAUUAGUUUUUCAUAAACUGGCGAGCAAGCCAGUUGAGCAAGCCAGUUUUGGAGGACCGCGAUCCGGACAACUCAACUCAGCAAGCCUUGUAUUCUCAGUCAACAGCCGGCACAGGAAGUGGCCGUAUAAGAAGUGAAGAACACCUCAUACUCUCGAAUUUUAAGUUUUAUACACAGAACCAACCAGCCCUGAUAUGGGGAACAGCUCAUCACAGCAUUCUCUGCCGGACGGUACACCCUCACCCCUAACCCAGCUGAUCAACCAGCACAUCUAUGAGAAGGAUCAGCUCUUCAAGAUGUCUUCCAGCUGGCAUGAGUGGACCAAAGGCGACCUGGAAAAUAGAUGGCCACUCGGUGGAUCGCUAGAAUUGGGCCCUCUCAGAUGUGCAAGAGAAAACAUUCUGAGGAAAAGGAAUGGCGCAACGCACAGCAGGAAGAACAGCGACAAAUUUAACAUACACAUAGCAGUGUGGCAUUCCUAUGAACAAAUGGCGAAGGAAAAUGCAAUAGAAAAGACGGCCCCAGAGGACACACCAACCCAACCCUCUCCAUAUGUUCCCAGCCCCAACAACCCAUCCACCUUCCCAGCCCCCACUGCUCCAACUUACCCAUCCCUACGUGGUGACAAAGAGAAUUACAACAAAACACCAAUAGCCAUCAUGGAGGUUGGAAAGACAGGAGAUCCAUUACCGACAACCCUCCACGGACAAAUGACCAUGUUUGACGCAGAGGUCCAGUUCCAUCUCGGCAACACCAGAACCAACGUGCAACAUCCAGACCUCCACAUCAGCCUUGGAAACACAGGCGCAGCAACCCGGCGCUGUCACAAUACCCAGAAUCAACCUGAACAAUGGCAAAGCCAACAACACCAACAACCUCCAUACCGGAGUCACCGCAGGUCAUACCAAGGUGGACGUGGAAGAGGACGAGGUUCAUCACCACGUCGACCUGCCACCUGCUACAACUGUGGUCAAAAGGGCCAUUGCCGGAACCAGUGCCACCAACAACCUCCGCACCAGUAUCCUGGCUGGUCACUCCAAGGGGGAGGCGGAAGAAGACAGGAAUCAUGGCAAUGCCAAUCACCACGUCGACCUGCCACCUGCUACAACUGUGGUCAAAAGGGCCAUUACCGGAACCAGUGCCACCAACAUCCUCCGCACCAGUAUCCUGGCUGGUCACUCCAAGGGGGAGGCGGAAGAAGAGAAGAAUCAUGGCAAUGCCAAUCACCACGUCAACCUGUCACCUAAUGCCGCUGUGACCGAAGGUGCUCCGUUACAGAAGCCGAUGCCCAAACAAAUAGGGCUGCCUGGAGACUGACAGGGUGAUGUUACCAUUGUUGUUGGGUACCCCAUUGCAAGAGCCCAUGCUCCCUUUAGUAAUCACCUGCAAGAAACAUGGCAGUCGCAGGAGUCUUAAAGUAGGGUUGGGCGAUCGUCUGCAAGCUUCCAUCGUCCG